GCACCGUGAACUACGCUGUGGUCCGCGGCAUCAAAGUAGGCGACCGAACUAUGGAAACGAGAGUUACCAAGCUCGCGGGCCAGCAGGUGGAGCAAACUCUGCCCGGCGCAUUCUCAUCGUCUUCGUCGCUCAUGGAGGCAGAUACUAGUACAAGAGGGCAAAGUAAACAAGUAGAGCGACAGGAGGUAUUGUGAGGAAAAAUCCCCCCUCCCUAUAUCGAAAAGGCGUGCUUUUCAAAAUGUGUCAUGCUGAUUUGUGGUCACAAAUCGAGUCUGUCUUGCAAAAGAGCAAAGCCAGAGCUUUCGCCGCAUUUCGCAGGCGAUUUGUAAUCCUGCUGCGCCAAUGGACCAGACGUCUGCCGUGCUCAGUGCCUACCUCAGGCCACUCCUUUCCAGGCUUUGUAUCUGCCUGCAGUGCUCUACUGCAAGACAAGACUGAUCUGUGUACGCAAUAACACAGCGUCACAGGCUUCCCUUUCGAUAAGGGGAGGGGGGAUUUUUCAUUUUGAUAGGAGGGCAGCAGUCACUUCUUUGUUGACCAGCAGGCUCUUCAUCCGGAGGACGACCCAGGAGGUCUGUCGUACGAGGACCAGGUACACGCGAUAGCAAUGCUGCAAAUGCGGGGUCGCAGCCUGUCCGUCGGAGCACGGCGCGCGGGGGCCUCUGCUGGGCGUGCCGAGGGCCGGCGAUCAGGAUUACCCUCCGGGCAGAUGGCCAUCAACUUACCCGGCACGACGGGCUCCGGGGACGGAACUACAACGGGCAGCGGCAACGCUGACAAGCACGCAGCAGAACUCCGUUUCGAAACGGGCGGCGGUCCUCGCGACAGCAAAAGUACGCAUGCCGGGGCUCCUGCUGCUGCACUGCUGCAGGAGCGGCAAACGGAAACUCUCGAGCAGCAUCUGGCCUACCAGGCGGGAAGAUGGUUCCCGGGAGCAGACAAAACGCAGUACGUCAUCUCGGACCAGGACAUCCCCGCCGACAGUACGCAGGCCCUGGAUCCCAAUGGCUACGGCUGUGAACCCUCAGAAGAAGACGCCAAUGCGCUGCCGGAGAUCGAAAAGCGGUGUUUGGACGAGCCAGACUGCGUGUUCAUCUUUGAUGCCAAUAAAAAUGGACGUGGGUGGCGCGUGUGCACAAAUCGAGGGUACCGGGGGCCGGGACAAAACGACGGAUACAUCCGCGUGAAAAAGGAACAGACUGUAUCCUAUGUGAAAAUGGGGCCCACACCCCAUAGUCAGUCAAGAUGGGGAGUCUUCUUCGGCUAAACAAAUCUACAAGCUGUGGCUGUUUUGCGUGACAAAUUUGGAUUCGUAGUGUAGUGCUGUUUGAGCUAGCUCAAGCUUAGCAGCAUCACAAAUCUAGCUUAUCAUGCUGAUUGAAGUUGAACAAGCAUCAGCAUGACAAAUUCCAAAACACGGCUAGACAAUGCCUCUCAUGGGGCUCCGCAUGAGAAACAUUUUCAGCAUGCAGAUUUGCAUUACAACAUUGGGGUCGUGGGGACGUUUUUCAAUAUGAUAGAUUGGCAACUACUACGAGGAAAAGUACAACAACACGGAGGACCUCACGUACUACGUAUGAGAGUGCACAACUCCCCCUCGUCCCCCUCAUUUGUCAUGCAAAAUACCCAAUCCACCGUUUGCCUCUUGGCACUGUUUGCAUGACAAGUUCUGGCAGCGCGUUGUCCAAUAAUUUCUUCUAGAGUUUACCGGGUAUGAGGCUACUGUUUGUCGAAUUAAUUUACGAGGGGACGCCCAGCCCUUAGCCUUCCAACGUGACAAGUUCUGGCAGCCCAAAUAGCACUACACUACAGUGUGAAUUUGUCAUGCAAAACCGGCACUCUUGCUGUUGCUUGUUUUGCUGUUCAUGCCAUACAAAUGAGGGGGAGGUGGGGGAGUUGUGCACUGUCAUACUACGGCUGGCGGCUGGAGAACAUCGACCAGGCAAAGCAGAUAUGCAUUGCACACAUGUCUGGGUCUGGAAGGAUUCGAAUUUGUGAUGCGAAUCCUACAUGAUGAGAAAAUCUGUCAUGCUCAUGCGCCAGCAGAAAGUCCCACCUCUUGUUACCGAAAGAGCGAUGAAUUUGUCAUGCGGAUUAGGCAUUGCGAUACCUGCUCGAAAAAAUCUGUGAUGCUAGGGCUUGCAUGCCAGAGGAUCUGGGUCAGGCUCAGGCAAUAAAAGCUGCAUGACCACAAGUGUCGCACUCUUCCAGACCCAGACGCAUUUGCAUUUGAUACCAGACCCGGGGCCGGCACACGGAAACUUUGGCCUUCAUCGCGGCGGGCGCGGAUAGUACGGCCUACGACAUUGCACUGCCCUAUCCACAGAAAAAGACCCAUCCACAUCCAUUUUUUGCAUGACAAACACAUGACUUGAUAUGUGUUUUGCAUCACAAAUUGAAUGUGGAUGGAUGUUUUUUCCUGGAUAUGCCCGCGAUGCGGCACUCCAACGCCGAAAUGACGGGACGCGGGCGCGAGUUCAAGACCGGUCCGCUGGUGCUUCCCAACGUGGACAUCAAAGUGGGGUUUGGCGGAAUCGAAGAAGGAGGUAGUCGCAUACAGCAGACCGAGGACUUUGACACGGACGCAGGAAUGGCGGCGGCGCUGCUUGAUCGCCAGCUAACGGGCCAGAACCCGACAUCACAGAAAUCGGCUGUGUAUCUCCAGCCUCUACCUUCAGCUGCAAGUGCCAUGUGCCCCUUUCUUGAGAUCAAAUUGGAAAACGCCCCGGAGCGUGUCGGCCUCGUGGAGCUGUAUAUCUACAGAGCCGGCGAACAAUCUCACUGGAUAACGGAAAAUAAGUGGCGGCUCGGAGUGCACGGACCGAAGCCCGAUAUUUCGGGAGAGGUGGCUGCCCAGUCGUUUGCAGACAUCGUCACAACUGGUGCAGACGGAGGUAAUCCAACGAAAAGCGCGGCGUGGGGACGCGAUCCGACCGAUACCCUGUACACAGCUACAGACCAAGGAGCGUGCAAGGGAGAGGCGUAUCCCGAAGCAACGACGUGGUGCUUCGAUAACGCCGGCAAGGAGGUUACGGAGGAGGACCUCGUGGAAGUGCAUACAAAGUACGACGACAAUGGCAACCUUCAAUGGAGUGUUCACAAGCUCGUUCGCGACUGCCGCGCCAAUCUUGGCACCCACGUUUUUAUCGAGAUUCCCAAGGCUAACAUAGUAUUUUCCGGUCUCAGCGAGGUUCGGAUCUUUCGGCCCUCCACAGUCGGCCCCAUCAGCCACGACACUUCCUUACCCCUUCUCGUCUGCAAGCUGCGACAAUUUUCAAAGCGGCGCCCUCAAGCUGGUAGUACAACUAACGGGGACGACUGGGGUUUAAUUGGAACGCCCACCACCGUAACCGGAAGUGAUCCGUUGAUAGAAUGCGCAGACAAGUGCAGAAGGAAACCCACGUGCAAAUCCUUUUUCGUGACCUUCAUGACGGAGCAGAAGUGUCACCUCUUCACAGAGCGGGCGAGAGUCUGCGGUCCGCUGGAUUUCCAGAAACACAAUAGUAAUGGGGACGAUAACGAGCAAACCCAAACGUGCAAAGCGGAUUUGUCGAAUGAUUUCCACAUGAGCGCCACCUUCGGCGCGCCGUGUGACCCGACUGACAACGAUCUCUGUGGGCACUACGGGGAGCCCUGCAGCGAAAUCCACGCGGAGGAAGCCUGCGGCAGCGGAGACGGGGCUGGGGCUAAAGCGUGGUGGGGUGGGCGCGCGAACACCGAUAUGGCGUUCUCAAACGUUACAUCCUCAACUGUUACAUGGAUUUGUAAUGCAAGAAUGGCAAAAGUGCAAGGGGAAAGAUUUUGCCUUUUGCAUAUACAGGCUUGGCACAGAUUUAGAUGCCUGCUCAGCCCUUCGGAAAUUUGUCACGCAAGGCAGCUUGAUGAUGAUGAUGAUGAUGAUGUACAUACUGAUCAGAGUUUUGCAUGAGAAAUUCAUGUAACAGUUGAGCAUGUGUUAACGUUUGAGAACUCCAUAACCGAGACCGAGAC